AUGGCUUCGUCGACUCAAUUUGCGCCGUCCAGGAGGAUGGAUAUAUAUGAUCCAAUGCACCAAAUGAGCAUGUGGGAAGACACAUUUAGAAGUCAUAUUAAUCCAAAUAAUACAGGAGUUUGCAUAUUCCCUAAAGGAGAAGAAAGACUAAUUGAAAAGCCUGAAUAUACAUCUCAGGAGCCUUUAAUGCCUCCUUUAGAUAGUCAAGCAGCAAGAAGUAUUUCGGAUAAGGUACGACGACGCCUUGCACAAAAUCGCGAAGCUGCAAGAAAAAGCCGACAACGGAAAAAGGCUUAUGUUCAGCAACUGGAAUCCAGCCGAUUGAAGCUGGCUCAGUUGGAGUUGGAACUUGACAAGGCUAGACAACAGGGUGCAUGUAUUGGAGGUGUUGCUGCUACUUUAGGAUUGAGUGGAGCUAUAAAUCCAGGAAUUGCAGCAUUUGAGAUGAAAUAUGGCCAUUGGGUAGAAGAGCAAAAAAGAAAAACAGCAGAACUCAGAACUGUGUUGCAGUCUGCAACAAGUGAAAUGGAGCUACACAUCCAUGUACAGAGUUUCUUAAGCCACUAUCAAGAACUGUUCCGCAUGAAAGCAGAAGCAGCGAAAUCUGAUGUCUUCUAUAUACUCUAUGGUCUGUGGAGAACUUCAGUGGAGCGAUUUUUCCUCUGGAUUGGAGGUUUUCGUCCAUCAGAGCUUGUCAGUAUUCUUACGCCAACGCUUGAGCCCUUAACUGAGCAACAAUAUGCUCUUGUCAGUAACUUGCGCCAAUCUUGUCAGCAAGCUGAAGAUGCUCUUAAACAAGGUAUUGACAAGUUACAACAGAAUCUAGUACAAACCAUUGCAGCUGAUGCAAUUGGCGUGCCGAGUUACAGUUCUCAAAUGUCACCUGCUGUUGAGAUGUUGGAAGCACUGGAGUCCUUUGUUAUCCAGGCCGAUCAUCUUCGCCAGCAAACACUGCAGAGAAUGUCAUGCAUCUUGACAACUCGCCAGGCUGCAAGAGGAUUGCUCGCCUUUGGGGAGUAUUUCCAACGUCUGCGCACUCUUAGCUCCCUCUGGGCUGCACGGCCUCGCGAUCUCCCUUAA